AUGGGUUUGAAUGGAUAAACAGGGAAGCUGGAAUGGUCAAUGGCUGUCUCACUUCCAGGAGGAAGGAUGGACGGGAGUAUAAAAGGGCUCCGGGCCCAGCUCGCUUCAUUCGCUCGUCUUCUCCUCCCUUCACCUCUCCUCACUCUUCAGCAGGCUCCGCCUCCACUCCCACCACCCCCAAGAUGCCCAACGGAUGCUGCGGAUGCGGCGGCGGAAAUAACUACACCGUGUGCUGCUACAGCAGCCCCCGCUGCUGCAAGACCCCCAUGUGCUGCAGCCCCAUGCAGUGCUGCAGCCCCUGCUGCAUGCCCAUGCAGUCCUGCUGCAUGCCCACCUCCUGCUGCUACACCAUCAGCAGCAACAACAACAGCGGCUGCUGCGGCGGCUGCUGCGGCGGCAACUGAGCUCACCUGGCGGAUCUCCGGCUCGGACGUGGAUGUGGACAUGGAUCCCAGCCCAAACGCUCCUCCUGCUCUGCUUGGACACCCAGAACUUCUUUUUGCUGCCUUUAGCCCCCUGGCUGUGCCCUGAAGCCGCUGCCCAGCGAGUUUCUGGCGCUGCUCUUCCUUCCCCUCUUGGUGAUGGGGCUGUCUCCUUCUCCCUUCUCUUUCUUUAAUCCCCAAUUAGCCGUGAAAGACAAUAAAAUUUGUAACUUCUGA